AUGCCGUUGUUCAAUAAGAAAAGCACCAAAAUAUCCAAUCCUUCGCCACCGAUGACCAAGGAUCCGCAUGCGUAUCACCACGAUAACAACAACUACAAAAACCCUCCGAUCCCAACAGCGCCCACGAUCCACCACGACAGUAUGAGCAACGGUGGCCAUGGCGAAUCGACCGUUACCAAGCCGCAGCUGGUGUUCAAUUGCCAGCUGGCACACGGCAGUCCGACCGGCUUCAUUACCGGGUUUGCCAGUGUCAAGGAGCUGUACCAGAAGAUCGCCGAAUGCUACGAUUUCCCUAUGGAUGAGAUUCUGUUCUGCACGCUAAACUCGCACAAAGUCGAUAUGAGCAACCUGCUGGGCGGUCAGAUCGGGCUGAACGAUUUCAUUUUCGCACACAAAAAGGGUCGCCCGAAGGAGGUGGAGAUCGUCAAGUCGGAGGACGCCCUGGGACUGACGAUCACGGACAACGGUGCGGGUUACGCGUUCAUCAAGCGCAUCAAAAGCGGCAGUGUCAUCGAUCGCAUUCCUCACAUACAGAUUGGUGACCACAUCGAGAAGUUGGACGGUAUCAAUGUGGUUGGCAAGCGACACUACGAGGUGGCCCGCAUGCUGAAGGACAUUCCCACCGGAUCGACGUUUACCAUUCGUCUGGUGGAACCGAUGAAGAGCGGUUUCCAGGGAAUAGCGCCACGCAAGGGUACGGCCGGUAGCAAACCGGGCAAGCAGGGAUACGGCAGCGGCAAGGAGACGCUGCGGUUUAAGGCCAAUGGAAAUGCAGCCAUUGAGGAUGAGCACGACGAUGCUACGCAAUGUGGAAUUGAUGCCAUUAACUCACUGCUCGACUCCUUCAUGGGAAUCAACGAUAGUGAGCUAGCCACACAAAUCUGGGAACUAGGUAACAACAAAAUUAACUCGAUGGACUUUGCGGAAGCGAUCGAUGCGUCCGAUCUGGAGGCCUUUGGUUUUACUGACGAUUUCAUCAUCGAGCUGUGGGGCGCCAUCACUGAUGCACGUCACGGACGAUACAAAAGAUAG